GAGUCAAAAUAUUGAUAAUUAUUAAACUGAUAUUAGUGAAUUUAUAAAUUAUACAUUUAGUUUUAGUAAGUUGAUAACAGAUAAUUCAUGUGGAGUAACAUGCUUGUCCACCCCAUUUGAACAGGGAACUUAAAAAAAAAUAAUACAAGUAAUUUAAUUGUCGAUAACUUAGUACCCUCAACCAGUCACGGAUUCGCAGAAAAAAUGUAUGAAACUUGCUCAAAUAUUGAAAAAAAAAUAAAUUUUAGAAGGCCGACGCAUAAUUAAUAUUGCAUAUUUUUUUGAAAAAAUGUCUAAAAUUAAUCAUCAACCAUUUGAGUGCAGUUUUAAAAAUUUAGUUUUUGUCAAAGAGCAAAAAAAUGGUUUAUACAGUGAAUUUGUGUUCAAUUGUGACAUUUGCGGCAAAGAAGAAGUAAUAGAGUCCGAGAACGCAAUUACAGUAUUAAUGGACGUUAAUACAGCAGCUGUUACAGCAAUGGUAAAUUCGGGUCAAGGUUUUGCACAGUUAGAAAUCUUCUCUGCUCUGUUGAAUAUGCCAAACAUGAGCAAUAAAUUAUAUCAAAAAAUGCACGAAAAAAUUGAACGUUUUACAUGAUACUGCUUGGGAAUCCGUGUCUUCUGCAGUGGAAGAGGAAGCUAAAAUAGCUAUUGAAAACGGCGAUAUAAAUGAAAAUGGGGUGCCUAUGAUUACUGUAAUAGCCGACGGCGCUUGGUCUAAAAGGAGUUAUAGGACAAAUUAUAAUGCCUUAUCUGGUGUUUUCGAUAUGUGUAAAAAUUCAAAAGGACUCCCAAGCAUCGACUAUAAGCCACCGGUGUUUUAAAAAUUGGGAUGGUACAUCGACUUCUAUGGAGUCGGAUAUUAUUCUUGAGGGGUUCAAUCAAAGUAUUACCAUGCACAAUUUAAUUUACCACAAACUAAUUGGUGAUGGUGAUUUCAAAAAAGUUGAGCAUGUCAAAACCUUAUGGUCCAAAUUUUCAAAUAAAAAUAUUGAAUGUAAAAAUCAUAUAUCACGAAAUUACAUGAAUCGAAUAAAUGACAUAGCAGGAAAAAGAAAAUCUUCCAGUGGUACAGUUGUUCCAGCCAUUCUAAGAAAAAUAUUAAAAGAUAAUACAUUUAGACUGAGAUAUGGUAUUACUAAAGCUAUUGACCAUUGGAAAAAUGCAAAAAAUCUAACCAUAAAUCAAAAGUUUGCAUUUUUAAAAAGGGACAUUGAAAAUGGACCAUACCAUGUAUUUGGCUCACACGACGAAUAUGACCCAUACUUUUGUAAUGCUGAACACAAUAUCCAGAACUAUGUUCCGGAAAUGGAGAAAUGUGCGUUAUGGCAAGAUCUGCUGAUAUCUGCAGCCAAAAUUUUAGUGGUAUACCAAGCGGAUAGCCUAAUUUACGAUUUGAAUAACAAUUAUGUAGAAUGUUACAACAAUGUAGUUUCCAAGUUCGUUGGUGGAAAAAGAGUAAAUUAUUCUUUGAGAGGUUCUUAUAAUACAAGAUGUAUGACGGCGGUAUCGUCGUUUAACUUUGGUUCUGAUUACAUAUGUAGACUGCAUAAAACAGCUACUAAAGAAAGUCCAGGAAAAUUUACUAAAUUAUACAUUAAAAAAUUGGAAAGAGAAAAAUUAUUUAGGCAGAAGAAAUUAAAAUUUAAACUAUACUUCGGCCCAUCUACCAGUUAUAGAAUACAACACGAACCAAUUGCUAAAGACCAAUUUGAAAAAAUAUAUAAUUUAAAAGUUUUACCAGCUGGUCUAUUUAUUGAUCCAGAGUUAAAUUUUUUGGCUGGUUCACCUGGCGGAUUGGUGGGAGAUAAUGGUAUAGUGGAAAUUAAAUGUCCUUAUAAUAUUAUGGAUAUGACGCCAAAAGCAAGAGUAAUGGCUAAAAAAAAUUCCUUGCAAUUGAUCAAGAUGGAAAUAUAAAAUUGAAAAGAGGCGAUAAUUAUUAAUACCAAGUUCAGGGUCAACUUAGGGUAGCCAAUAAACAUUAUUGCUAUUUUGUAGUAUGGACUCCAAAAGAAAUUUUUAUUGAAAAAAUUGAACGCGAUACUGAGUUUUGGAAGAACAAAAUGGAAAAUCAAAUUAUUGAUUUUUAUAAAAAUUUCAUGUUGGAAGAAAUAGUGAACCCGAAGAUAUUUCGAUAAAAAUGGUUUUUUUAUUGACAUCUUUUGAUUUUUUUGAUUGCCAUU